AUGUCUUUGUUAAACAACAUUCCUAUUCUUACAGAAAAAGACUAUGAUGAAUGGAAGAUUAUGAUGCACGCACAUCUGGCUGCUAUUGAUGAUGACAUGUGGUAUGUCAUCACAGAUGGGCCAAUGAAGAUUCAAACUGUCAGCACAGUCACAACAUCAAAUGAUGGCGCUCAUGAGAUGAAGAAGAAGCCAAGAUAUGAGUGGACAACUGAAGAUAUAAGGAUAGCCAACCUCGACAACGUAGCUAAAGACACUCUUUAUAAGACGCUGAACAAGGAUAUGUUCAACAAAAUAAAGUCAUGCUCCACCACUAAAGAAAUUUGGGGGGAUCUGACUUAG